AGAGAGAGAGAGAGCUUCCGCCUGACAGCUGAAAGUCCCAAAUUUCCCUGGCUCAGGCCUCCACUACAUCUUACAUGGCACCACUCACAUCUGGACGUCAGACGGGGACACUCAAGUACGCCAGCAACGUCAAGGAAAUUAUCGAUUUUCUCAUGUGAAGUGAAAAAAGUGACUCCGCUGGCAAAAACUGUGAGGCUAGCCAUUACCGAGUGAAAUUCCUUCGGAAAACAAGUCAAAUCGGACUUAUUGAUAGCUGCAGCUAGCCUGCAGUUGUGGGCGUGGCACCUGUCCGGAGCCCUGGUCCCGAAACGACAUGGCUGACAGCGAAUUCGAGGAGUUCCACAGGCCCAUAUUUGAGCCCCAUACGAUUGCUGGAUUUGGAACUGGAGCAGGCAGCAAGAAAAAUAAUCCCCAUGCAUUUUACUCUCUAAUUCCCAACGAUGACCUGGAGGAUUCUCACUCCUCAAAGAGCGAUGGCGAUGGUUCCGAUCAGGAGGAUGGCAUUGGCCUGGUGGACCACGAGCCCAAGUUGCGUCAAGUGGAGGACGACGAGCUGGGCGAUGGCUUGAAGGUUACACUGUCCUCGGACGGCUCCCUGGACACCAACGACUCCUUCAACUCGCACCGACAUCAUCCCUUAAACCACCAGGAUGCGAUUGGUGGCUUCCUGGGCAUGGACACCAGUGGACUGGGUGGCAAUAGUGCUCCUGUGACCAUUGGAGCUAGCACAGAUCUUCUGGCACCGAAUUCAGCUGCCACGCGCCGUCGUCGCAAGCUGCCUGAAAUACCCAAAAACAAGAAAUCUUCCAUUCUGCAUCUUCUAGGUGGCUCCAACUUUGGCUCCCUGGCAGAUGAGUUCCGCAACGGGGGUGGUGGGGCCCCGCCAGCAGCUCGUAGUGGACAGCAGCGCUCAUUUUUGUCCCUGAAAUGCGGAUACUUGAUGGACGAGGACUCCAGCCCGGAUUCGGAGAGGAUGCAGAGCCUGGGUGACGUGGACAGUGGUCACAGCACGGCACACUCACCAAACGACUUCAAGAGCAUGUCGCCGCACAUCACGUCUCCCGUUUCGCAAUCCCCCUUCCCGCCUCCAUUCGGGGGCGUACCGUUUGGCCAGCUGGAGAUGCUGGAGGCCACACAUCGUGGCUUGCAUAAGUUUGUGCCGCGGCACCAUGACGAGAUCGAACUGGAGAUCGGAGACGCCAUCUAUGUGCAAAAGGAGGCCGAGGACCUGUGGUGCGAGGGCGUGAAUCUCCGCACCGGAAGGCAGGGCAUCUUCCCCUCGGCCUACGCCGUGGACCUGGACUACAACGAGUUCGAUCCCACAGUGCAGCUGGUGAAGAAGGAGCGCUACCUACUUGGCUACCUCGGUUCCGUGGAGACUCUGGCACACAAAGGCACCGGAGUGGUCUGCCAAGCGGUGCGAAAAAUAGUCGGGGAGUACGGCAACUCACCCACCGGACAGACCUGCAUUUUGGAGGUUUCCGACCAGGGACUGCGCAUGGUGGAUCGAUCGGGCCCGAAUCAAAACAAAAAGGACAAGAAGCCGUGCAUCGACUACUUCUACUCCUUGAAGAACGUGUCCUUCUGUGCAUUUCACCCUCGCGAUCACCGCUUCAUUGGCUUCAUCACUAAACAUCCCACGGUGCAGCGGUUCGCCUGUCACGUCUUCAAGGGCUCCGAGUCCACCAGACCCGUGGCCGAGGCAGUGGGGCGUGCUUUCCAGCGAUUCUAUCAGAAAUUCAUUGAAACCGCUUAUCCCAUCGAGGACAUCUACAUUGAGUAGGCUUGCAAGGCGGUUUGUGCUUCUACGCGAAGAAUUCAUUAAUCAAUACGAUAUAUUUUUUGUGCGGUUAUUUCGAAUAAAAGGGAUAAAUCUCAAUGAAUAUUGCUCUCCUUCGAAGAGAACCCUAAGCAAAAUCAAUAAGCUCGCAAUAGAAACCCUAGCUAUAGAUUAUUAUCAUUUCUCCGUUCCUACGAAGCUCUGCAAGAUCUUAGCCAUGUAAAUAGUUACCUUUGGUUCUACACUCCCACUUGACACUCAAGCCUCAAGCAAUCAGCAAUAGUUUCCCUUUAGGAACACUCUUUAUACACGACUAUAUAGCAUAUAGACAACUGCACAACCAAUAACACACGAUAAGUUGAACUCCAACAAAAAACACUUCGAAGAGCCCCCAUUUGGUUUUGGAUAGUCAGUAGCUCAGUUGGGUCUAUUGUACAUCAGAUUGGUUCUAUAUAUAUCAAGACCCCACUGAGACCACGUCCUUAUCCCGGCAAAGCACAAACUAGAGUGAGGCCAAAGUAAGUUAGAGAUCUCCGUGUAACCUUAGUUUAGUUACGUCAAUCUUUCAGUUACGAGACUCAACAAUAUCGAACACCAGCUGCUACAUUUUCAAGUAUUCUCAAUAAAGCCCAGUUCUAAGACGUGUAAACCUUUAAAGUUGUAUACAACCAGACGAAUAUAUACUGUAUAUGUAUACAAAGAAAUAUAUAAAGAAACUAUAAAUCAAA